AUGCGGUUGUAAGAAUUUGUCACGUUUUGAUUUGUCUGUUAAUAAAGUCGGAUCACUGGAGCAAGGAGAUUUUGUAGCUUUACGGAAUUGCUCCUUCGAUGGAUUCAACUUGAAUCAUAACGAUAUAAAGAGUCUCCCUCGUGCCGUUUUCAUUGAUCUACCAGCAGUACAUUUACUCAUCAACUAUAUAUCACUGGCUAAAUUCCACGCCGAGUCCUUUCUGGGUAAUAAAGCAAUAGUAAAGGUGACAUUAACCAGGUCGGGCAUAAGAUCUAUUGUACCCAUGAAUACAUCGGAAAAACCAAGAGAUCUUUUUCCAGGUAUAACAAAACUUUAUCUAUCACGCAACGAAUUGAUAAGUAUUCCAAAGUAUGCCCUGGAUGGUUUCGAAAAACUCCAGGUACUAGACAUUGGAUUCAAUCAUUUAUCUAGUCUUCAUAACGAGUCAUUUUGUGGAUUGAAGUCGCUGGUUAAUUUGAUACUAGCUGCUAACAAAAUCAAGUCGCUUCCACGAGGAUCUUUUGCUUGCGCCGAAAAGCUUGAGAGCAUUGAUUUAUCACAUAAUGACAUUUCUGUAUUAGAUCCUCAAUGGUUUGACGGAAGCCACAGACUCAGCACUUUGACAUUCUAUCAAAGCAACAUUGAUGAUAUCAAAAAUAUACCAUGGAACGCAACAAAUCUUCAAACACUUAUCUUGAAAAAUAACGACCUUCACUCCGUGAACAAAAAAAAGUUCGUUGGUUUAAAAAAUCUAAAAUUUCUUGAUUUCUCCAUGAAUAAGUUUCUCGAUAUAUCCGUUGAUGCCUUUGAAGAAACCUGUUCUUUAGAAAAGAUCAUAAUGCAAAAUUUGGACAAAUUCACUAUGACUGGUUUGUUCAGAAACAUGCAUCAACUAGUAUUCCUCGAUAUGUCCUAUCUUCAUAGUCGCUUAAAAGUUACCUCCUGUUGCCAAUUUAGUUAUACGUCGGCGCUAAGGACUCUAGACUUAUCAAGAACCAAAAUCAAAGCCGAAGAUCUAGUCCAAUUUGAAAGCAAUAGAUCACUGUUUUCAGGACUGGUUUCGUUGCACACCCUACAACUGCAAAAGAACUUUUUCAAUGAUUUCCAUCUUGUCCCUAAUGCAUUUACCCCACUUUGGAAUCUUCGUAAGCUAAAUCUUACUGGCUGUCACAUACAACAAAUUGACUUGGGGGUAUUUAGGAAUCUCACGUCACUAACAUAUCUCUCGUUGGCCGCAAACUUUAUUAGAAUCAUUCCCGAGAAAGCUUUUCAAGAUUUACACAAUUUACGUACUCUAAUUCUAAAAUUUAACUCUAUUACAGUUAUCGAGAAGCAAUUAUUUUCUGGAACUUCCAGUCUCCAGAAUCUAUACCUCCAUGGUAAUCAAAUCUCCACGAUAGAUCCUUUCACAUCAAUACCACCAAGUCUAAAGCUGUUAACCAUUGCGAACAAUCCCUUCACAUGUACCUGCCAACUUGCGUGGUUUAGGGAAUGGCUGGACAAGGUGGAUACAACAGUCGAUCACAGAAGUGAGAUUCGUUGUUCUAGUACUUCCUUCAAAUCGCUAAAAAAUCAGACUAUCUGGUCGUUCCAUCCUAAAGAUUACUGCGGAGUCAAUAUCUAUCUUAUUGUAGGUGUUUCUUUUGCAAUCGUGACCGUUCUGACGCUAAGUGUCCUCGUGUACCAAAAGCGAUGGUGGCUGAACCACAAACUAUUUCUCUUAAAGUUGGCCAUCAUUGGGUUUCAAGAAAUCAUUGAAAAUCAAGGUCCUGAGGACUACGAGUAUCAGCUUAACCUCAUGUUCCGUGAAGAUGAUGAGUGGUGGAUCAACGAUUGCAUGAAGCCAUUCCUGCAGGAGAGGAUGCCACACCUGGAGCACAUCGUGUUUGGGGAUAAUGGCCUUCAUCCAGGGUCUUUCUACUUAAACGCCAUCUAUGACGUCAUUGAGAACAGCUACAAGACGGUCUUGUUGCUUAGCAACCAGUCAGUGGAGGAUACCUGGUUCAUGACCAAACUCCGUAUGGCCGUGGAGCAUAUGAAUGACACCAAGUUGGAGAAGGUCAUCCUCAUAUUCUUAGAAGACAUCGAUGGUGACCACCUACCGUACCUUGUAAGGCUGUUGCUGAGUCGGAACAAACCUUAUUUGCUGUGGGUGGAUGAUGAUGCAGAUGGACAAGAACUCUUCUGGGCAAAGUUUGAGAAGAGCAUGAGAGCUAACAGGGAAAUGAAUAAUGUCAUUCCAGUUUAGUAACAGAUCAAACAAACGUGUCUUCUUACACUUGUAUGGAAGAUCGCGUGUCAUGGCGUGUGGUUGUAACUGGACGUGCGUUGUAUAUAAACAUGUAGGCUGAUCCGAUUUGACAUUCGUCUUGACAAUUAUGUUUGUCUCAUUUAAAUUUAGUUCAUUUCAAAACUGUGAAAAUGCAUGUAAGUUUUUCUACAAGGAGGUAUUGCAAAGAGCUCACACUUCACCCCCCCCCCCCCUCAAGAUGAUAUUUUAUUUUUGGAGAUGAAAUAGUUUGUACUUUGUCAGAAUACAAAAGGAACUAGUAGGCUACCACUUCUGAGAAGAGAAAAAACUCCCUAGAGAGAGAGAGAGAAAGAUUAUUAUUAUUAAAAAAGAAACAAAGAAAGACUGAUGGGAUAAAGGGCUGGGUGGCUGCUUCUUUCAAGUGUAUUUAGUUGAAUAUUGAAUAUCACACAAAACCUUCCAAGGUCUCCCAUUUUGUAGAGUAAAUUGAAAGUAUCAAAGCAUAUCGAUGUACAGUCAACGCAUGUUUGUGGGGGCAGUGGAAUUUCGAAACACAUAUUCCAGUGUCUGGUUCGUGCCCUUUCAACUUUUUGUUGAAAUAUUAAAUUGUUCAUGGUUUGUGUGUGACCUCAAAUUCGCAGUGGGUCAGGUAUAAUCACUUCAUGUUUCUAAAAAGAUAAUGUAUAUUGAUUCGUAAUCGGGAUGAGAAUUCUCUAUUGUUAACAAAGUUACAAGAGGAAGAGAAGGAUAUUAUUUUGGGUCUAAUAUGGAUAUGGUAAUAAUAUGUAUGAUCUACUAUUGAACAGAAUUAAUGAAACAUGCUGUCAAGAUAAAAUUCGACAUGAAAGCCUAUUAACAUUUAUUCAUCAAACGUUCUUUGGCUCAGUGGUAGAGCAGUGGACUCGUAACCGGGAGGCCCCGGUUUCGAAACCAAAUCGAUGCGUUAAUGAUCUUUGGUAAGGCAUUAAUCCUCACUACCAAGUCUCUCGGACAGGACUAUAGUUGUCUGUCCCCUGGUUGCUUAUUACCAAACAAACACAUGUCUACUUUGCAGUCAGGUAAAAUAAACCAUCAAACCAACCACCUUUAUGCGUUUUUCGUAUACUUUCGUGUUGAAGGAUGACACUAAAGGCGUAUUUAACAUUAUGAACUAUGAUAACAGUGCAGUUCUUGAUUUAUGUCAUUAAAUUAUCCGUUAUGUUGAUGUUUAUAAACACAAUUUAUGACCUAUUAAAAGAUUUCGAUACCUUUCAACUCAAGUAAACAUCUGAUACAAAUGUUGUCUUUGGAAUUAUUAUAAUUUUUGAUUUAUGAUAUUUAUAGUCGUUUAAUUAAUACUGUAAUCGAAAGUCAUGCAAAAUGCGUUUUAAUGGGACUUUCUGUAUCUUUCGAAACCAUAGAUCAAUGGUCACUGACUAUGUUAAUGGAUGUUUAUCUUAUAAAUUGUUUAGGAGCUAUUCACAUCAACUUGUAAAUAAUUAACAUAAAUUUCUCUUUAUGAACCCAUACUCCGUGGAAUAGUAUAUAAUGACUGCUAUGAGAGACAUAGUUGUUUUUAUACGCUUAAGGGGGGGGGGGGGGUUACAUCGUGCUAUCGUCCCGAGGUGUGCCUCGAAUAUUAAAGCAGUCAUUAUAACUUGUAUAUAGCGAA